UGUGCCUAUAGGCCUCAGAGCUCAGGCCAAGUAGAAAGGAUGAACCAGACUCUAAAGUCCACUUUGGUUAAAUUCUCUUUAGAAACUGGCGAAAACUGGGUGAGUCUCCUUCCCUUUGCCCUUCUAAGGGCCAGAUGUACCCCCUAUGUCUCUAAAAUUUGCCUUUUCGAGGCAUUGUUUGGGAGACCUCCUCCACUUUUGCCUCGCUUGCCAGAAAAAAGAUUGCUGAGAUUGCUAACCAAGAUCUCAUUAAGUCCCUCCAGGUCCUCUAGCCGGUGCUUGCUUCCAUCCACCGGGUCUGAAGACAACAACACCCCCACAGCUGGCACCCCAGACGAGUCUUCUGAUGAACCAAAUGUGUGUCAACUGCGGGGCCAUGUCCACGCCACAGUGGAGACAAGACGGAAAGGGACGCUGCCUAUGUAAAGCCUGCAGCCUCUACCCCCUCAUCACCCGGCUUCUCGUGGAGCCUCGGGACAAACGGCCACAGCCCCGGAGCUCUGGGGCAACACGGACAGCCUCGGAACUCUCCAGCACACCGCCGCGUCCCCAGACAAAGACUUGGCCAGCGGCCCCAGCCCGCUGCGCGCUUAGCUCCGCGCCUCCCCUGCUGGCAGCUCUUCGCCCCCGCGCUUGGCUCGGCGCACCUUGGCGGGCCGCAAAGUUUCCCCGGCAGCAGCGGCGGCUGAUGGCCGCGGAGCUGAACAUGCGGCCAGAGCUGCCCACCAGCCCGCUGGCCGUGGAGUACGUCAACGACUUCGACCUGCUCAAGUUCGACGUGAAAAAAGAGCCGCUGGGCGGUGCGGAGCGUCCGGAACGACCCUGCACACGCCUGCAGCCGGCCGGCUCCGUGUCGUCCACACCGCUCAGCACGCCAUGUAGUUCGGUUCCCUCUUCGCCCAGCUUCAGCCCGACUGAACAGAAGCCCCACCUCGAGGACCUGUACUGGAUGGCGAGCAACUACCAGCCGAUGAAUCCCGAGGCGCACAACGUGACGCCGGAGGAUGCGGUGGAGGCGCUCGUUGGCGCGCACCCGGUGCCACAGCCGCUGCAGAGCUUCGACGGCUUCCGAGGCGCGCACCGCCACCACCAUCACCACCACCACCCGCACCCGCACCGCGCGUACCCAGGUGCCGGCGUGGCCCACGAGGACCUGGGCCCCCACGCGUACCCGCACCAUCACCAUCACCACCAAGCGUCGCCCCCGCCGCCGCCGUCCAACGCCACCAGCCCCGCGCUACUGCAGCUGUCCAACAACCACCCCGGGCCAAGUCCGCACGCGGCAGCGGCGGCGGCCACGGUGGCCAGCGGCAGCGGCAGCGUGGAGGACGGCUUCUCCGACGACCAGCUCGUGUCAAUGUCAGUGCAGGAGCUGAACCGCCAUCUGCGGGGCUUCACCAAGGACGAGGUGAUCCGCCUGAAGCAGAAGCGGCGGACCCUGAAGAACCGGGGCUACGCCCAAUCGUGCAGGCAUAAACGCGUCCAGCAGAAACACCACCUGGAGAAUGAGAAGACGCAGCUCAUUCAGCAGGUGGAGCAGCUGAAGCAGGAGGUGUCCCGGCUGGCCCACGAGAGAGACGCCUACAAGGUCAAGUGCGAGAAACUCGCCAACUCCGGCUUCAGGGAGGCGGGCUCCACCAGCGACAGCCCCUCCUCUCCCGAGUUCUUUCUGUGAGGCGCGGCGGGUCCUAGCCCGCGCCCUUGUCCUGGCCCGGACUCCCUGUCCCGUGUUCCCAGCCCUGGACUUCCCUGGACCUUGUCCCUGGCUUCUGCCCACCGGCAGCGCUUCCAGCCGCUCAAGUACUGCCACCAACAAUGCUUUGUCUCCCACCCUUGAUUUCCAAAGCUGUACACCAUUCGGAGGUUAUAUCAAGGCUGGGAACUUAGUCCCAGUACAAAACAAACAAGUGAGUCAAACCCCCUUAAAAUCAGUGGGGAAUGUUAUACCCUGGCAAAAUUGACUCCAUUUUGUUGCCCUUCUAACCUCGCGGUGUUCCUGUUUUGUAUGCACCUACCCCUCCCAACUCCCUCACCCCUGUGACCCAAUGUACCCCAAAGCCUUAUCUUGAAAAACAGCUGUACCCCAAAUCCUGCUUUAUCUUGUGAACUCUGCGUGAUUACUGAUUUCAGCCCCCCCCCAACCCAAUGGGCCCACCCGGUGAACUCAUGACCUCAGCACCCCCCAUGGCCAACUCAGCACCCCACCCAACAGGACCACCCCAUGAACUAGUGACCCUGCCACUUCUUCCUCU